ACUUCAAAAUAUAAAGAAAUUUAAUAUGGAUUGAUUUUACAAUCACGUUCAAUUAUCAUACGGUCCAUAAUAAUUUUUAUCGUUAUAUUGUUAAUGGGCUUAGGAGAUCCAUUAAUAAAUGAAAGCUUCGCAGAUAAUUUUUAUAGUUAAGUUGAGUGGCAUAAUUUUGUAAAUAUUAAGGAGAAGUUAGGGUUAAUUUUAAUUUGUACUUCAGUUUUAAUAGAUUAGAUGACUGAAGCUUAUAUGCGACUUAUUUUCAUAUUAAGAACUAUAAAUUGGUGUAAUCUUUGUAUGGGUCAAGCUGAACCAAAUAUGAAACACUUUGAUUUUUUUAUGUGCGCAGGUAUUGAUCUGAGAAUAAGCAGAAAAGACCAUGUUUUUUUUCUAAUAGUAAAUCAGUGUUAUUGUAUUACUCUUCUAUAAUAACAUGAUCUUGUAUAUGUAGAUUGGAAUAUAAGCAAAGAUGAUCGAUUAUUUGUGGUGACAUGGAGUCAAAUCAGAGUUAGUAUAUUAUUAUUCUAAUAGUCAAUAACUUAUCGGUUUUGUUAGAUUAAUUUCCGAUGGUUAUGGUAAAUAAGGUUUUGGUUUACUUUAAGUGAUCCGGUCUCAUUAUGUAAGUAGCGUGUAAAUAUAUAAUGUGUAACAAACUUGUGCAUCUUGUAAUAUAUUAAACGUGGUACUAAAAAUGAAAAAGUCCAAAAAUUAAAAACAACUUUCUAUGGUAGAUAAAAAAAAUAGGACUCUAAAUUAAUAGAGUAGAUAUUUGAAUAUUUUAAGAUCACUUUAUUUACAAUAAAAAGAACUAUAUGUAUAUUUACUUUUAAAUUUUUGUUCUUGAUUGUAAUUAAUUUUUGAAGGAUGAUUGUUUUCACAGAAUACAUUACCCUCCUAAAACAAAAUUUAUUUUUACCUCCAACUUAAUUUUUUCAAUCAAAAACUAAAAAUAGUAAAGUAAACAAAAUUCAAUUAUAAUAAAGUUUAAACUAUUAAUACCAUUAAAAGAUGAUCAUUCUCCAUUUCUACCCUUAAUGAAAAUUGCAGUUUUCUCAAAAAUAAGAGUAUUAUUACAAGAAAUUAAUAAAAUUCAUUAAUGACAUUUAAGUCUUUUGGUUUUGGACCUGCAGAUACCUAAAUGGAUUUAUAAAUAAUGAGUCUAUAUAUAUAAAUGAUAUGCUAAUUUUAAAUUUAAUAUAAAUAUUCUAAUUAUAUAUAUAUUAUGAACAAUAAAUAAAAUAACAAACACUAUUAUUUUCAUAAAUCUAUGUAUCAAUAUUGAAAAUAGAUAAUUCGAAUAUUAUGCAGAUUUUCAGUACAACCCAAAACCCUAUAUCCUACACCAUAUAUCAUAUACAUAUUUGAAUAUCUUUUUCCGUGUUUAUAUGAUUUUGUACAUAGUAUUGAUAUGGCAAUUACGAGUGUUUCAAAAUAUUUUAAAAAUGAUCUUAAAAUAAAUUUUUUAAUCUAAAAUAAAAAUACAAACUUAUAAAAGGUUAUUAAUAACAAAAAUAAACUAAUAUUGUCAUAUCAAUAAGAUUUUUUUAUAUUAUCAUCUUUAUCUGGAUAACAUAAUAAAAUUUCAUAAUAUUCUAAAGAAUUACAAAUUUAUGUUAAAUUAAAAAUAUAUGAGUAAAAAAAUACUAUCAGAUAUUUGUAUUUUUAUCGAAUCAAUAGUAUCAUAUUGCGGGUUAAUAGUGAGUUUUUUGGAUUUUUACCAGGUUCUAUUGGAAUUUUAAUUAACGAUUUUUUCAUUAAAUUUGAACUGCAUUAUGUACAAUGUAUCGGAUGUAUAGGUUCAACCACGAAUCUAGGCCGGAUAUGAAAACAAUUCUUAAAACUCAAAACAUUAUAAUAGAAUAACUAUUAUAUUUCGAAUAAAUGUUAUUUUAAAGAAAAAAAAACAAAUGAUAAAAACAUAAAAACUCAAUUGCUAUGGUUCAAAACAAAAAUAAUAGUAGUUUGUAAAUCAGUUUUCGAUCAAUAAAUAAAAAACAAAUCCGCGCAGGUCAAAAUCUAGUAAUCCAUUAUUUAACUUUUUGUUUGGUCAUCUCAUUUCUUGAACCGGUGAGCAACGGGUAGUCGUGUCGAAAAUGCAAAGGGAGUUGUAGGGUAGUUAUUGGAAUUUGAAUCGGAGCUCCUUCUUUUCAGGAAUAAACAGAGGACGUUAUACAAUCAAAUUCAGUUUUUCCCUUAUUAAACGGAUUCAGUAUAUUUCCUACAUUCUUGUUUAUUAACCAACAACAACGUAAGCAGCACAAAAAUAUACAAAAACAAAAAUUACAGAAGAAGAAUGGGCAGUUUCAUUGAAAUUCUUUGUGCAAUUUUCAUACCUCCUGUUGGCGUAUUCCUCAAAUUUGGUUGCGGGUUGGAGUUUUGGCUCUCUUUGCUCCUAACGUUCUUCGGUUUUGUACCUGGAGUGGUAUAUGCCAUAUGGGUUCUUACCAAAUAGAACAACCAAACAAAAACACUAAAUCUAUAUUUUUUUUCUUUUAGUUUCUUUUGAACAACGUAUCUCAAGUUUUUCUUUUAAUGUUGUGUUAUGGACUCAGUUGUAAUCUCUAGUCUCUCCGUUAUUUAACAAUCUUUUUGUCGCUAUAUUAGAUAAGUAAUUGAGAUUCUACUUCUCCUUUUGUUUGCGUGAUCAGGCUUGAACCAUAAUCAAAUGUGUAGGGACCUUGAAAGAUUGAAGAUGGUCAAAUGCUAAAUCGUUACUUGUAUCAAUAUUAGAACUUCAUUAUCUAGGAUUUCUUAGGAUGGGGAAAUAUAAGAAACUGUUUUUUAAAGUACGAACUUUUUAAUUAAAAAUCAAAAAACAGUUUCUUAUAUUUUCCUAAAAACCUCAACCUAAAAAAAUCCUGGAUAAUGAUGCUCUUACAUCUAAAGAGUGAUACAGUAGAAUCUAGAAUAUGUUUGAAGUUCUAGUAGAGACAAUACAUGGAGUAAAUGGUAGUAUGGUACAUGAGUCAUUAAUAAAACACAACGAACUUACGUAGAUAAACUGGUGUACAUAAACUUAUGCGUUUUUUGCAAUACCAAUUUGAAGAUUGCCUGAAUCGAAUACCGUGUGGUAAGCUCCCAUAAAGACAUCCCCAAGAAUCC